AUGAAGAUUAAGAGGAAGCCGAAGACCUAUUUCCAUGCACAUUUCGACAAGGACAAUCUGGAGGAGAGACAGCCCCUUCUCGCGGAUCGCGAUUAUGGGUUAAUGAAGACCACACAGACGGCCACUCCCUACCCGAAAAAGCACAAAGCCCUGAACGCGGAGUCCUUAAAGGCACGGCUGGAGGCGCAUAAAGAAGAUUUGAGCACAUCGAAUUUGGUGUCAACGGACUCCUCGUCUGAUUCCCUUAAUGACCCCUAUACUUUUGAUGAGCCAAUUCUGAGCUUCUAUAUGCGCCGCAAAAUCUUUGACACCGCGGAGUACACCAUUUGCAAGGGUCAGAAGAUGAGCGAAACCUUCCAUCAUGGUUCGAAAGUCCUCCACGUGCCACAGGAACGCGACGGGUCAACAGAUGGCCGUUCCGUCCGCGGAUCGUCCCAUGCUUUCACAUUUCACAGCUACAAGGACCUGCAAGAUUACUGCCUCACGAAAAAUAUCAAAUUAGCAAACUGA